GCCACCAACAGGACCACCUCAUCCGCCUUCUAACAGGAGCCAUCCGUGUGAAUUGUACGACAAAAUCAGCAGGGUUGUUGCGCUGGGACAUGUUAUUCACAGCGACUCAAAAAUGAUUCAUGGAAAAAAAAUGCGUGAUGAUUGUUUGCGUGUGUCGGUGGAUUUUGUGGAGAUAAAAACUGCAAUACUUCCAUAUCCAUCUGGUGAUAUUGUUACUGUGUAUGAUGCCCGUGAAAGUGUUGUUCAAUGGCCAAAACACUUGGUGGUCCUUGUCGGAAAUGGGCGAACGAGAUUGGAUGCAUUUGAUGAAUUUGUUAAGAGAGCAAAAGAAGUGUUCAGAAGCAGGGCUGCGAUCAAAGUUGAGUUGCAUCGCGAUGUGUUUGGUCAAACUGUAGAUGUGCCUAUACAUAUGGCACUAGAAGAUAUUGAGUUUGUUUGCACGUCUCAGAAACUUACGAACAAUGCUAUAGUCUUAUUCAUCCGAUUUUUGUAUGAAAAAUUGGAUGGCGAUGCACGCAAAACCAAGUUCGGAUUUAUGAAUCCAGCGGCAGUUCACUUUUCAGUCAAUAAAACAGAACUCGUGAAAAGUGUAUUAAAUAGACUGAAAGAUUCAGUGCCGAGUCGAAAAUACAUAUUUAUUCCUUGUAAUACAGGGUAA